AUGCCGACGGAUGGCUACUCGGUGCUGGUGACGUUCCCGACGGGCGAUUUCGACGGCGACACACCGUUCACGUUGAACCCGUUCCAGAUGGUGUUUAAGCAGAAGAUUAUAGUCGUCACGGUGGGCUACCGGAUGGGUAUCUUCGGGUUCUUCACCAGCCUGGACGGUGAGGCGCCUGGGAACUUUGGUCUGAUGGACCAGUCGGCGGCGCUGCUGUGGAUCAAGCGCAACAUUCGGCUGUUCAACGGGAACGAGGAAUCGGUAACGAUCAUGGGCCACGGUACGGGCGCCAUUUGCGUGGGGCUACACCUGACGUCGGGCGAGUGGACGGAGGACAUGUUCCACAAGGCGAUUCUGAUGUCCGGCAGCGUGCUGCUGGAAUCGAGCGUCCGACCCGCCAAGCAAUAUGCAUCCGCCUUGGACGAGCUGGCGACCGCCUUCGGGUGUUUCCGUCGGCCGACCACAAAGCUGAUGGAUUGCUUGCGGCGGGUGGACGCCCAGAUCCUGGCCGAGAACUCGCCCCCCAUCGAC